AUGGACUUCAUCGGCCUGCAGAUGCUUGUAACUGUGAAGGACCCUCCCGGCGUUCGGGUUAAGGGCACUGUCAGCGAGGUCACACCUGGACAGAGUCUUGUGCUUAGCAAUGUUUUUCACCUUGGUUCGAGUAAAUGGAUACCGCGGUUAACUCUCGAACCGAACAAUAUCGUCGACCUGGCAGAGUAUAAAGAUGAGGUCACUCCCGAGACUUUCACGGCUCCAGGUGCGAGCUCCCUAUCUGCACCAGUUCUCAGCCAAACCGCUCUACCUUCGUUCGCGGACCCUGCCAUUCUCGAAGACUUGAGAGUUGAUGACGAGUCUCAUCGCGAAGACCUGAAAGAUUCUACUGCUGCAGGAACCGCAGAUGCUCCGCUGCAGGCACCCAAGAAGAGGAAUCGCAGGGCCAGACUAACCAAGGCUCUAAAGAACGGUGCAGCCGAAGAUGCAUCACUUGAAGCCUCCUCGCCGCAGGGCGGACGCGCGCUGAAGCGUAACGGCAAGACUGGAAAUGGUGUCCUGGAUAAUGGGUGGGCCUCUGAAGAUGUCACGGAAGAGAUGGGUGAAUUCGACUUUGAGGGCGAGCUGGCCAAAUUUGAUAAGCAGACUAUCUUCAAUCAGAUGCAGAAAGACGAUCUCGUCGAAGAGAGCGAUCGACUCGUCUCGCACAACCGCAAAGCUAAGCCUGGAACCGCCGGAGGAAAGAACUACCACCACACCGAGAAUGUACUCGAUAUCACCGCCGCAACCCCCAGAAUGGCCAACGAUUUUUGGGAUAGCGAGACAGAUGAUGCAGCUCUGGGACCCGAGAGGUUGAGCGGAAGGGAUGUUAGAAGCAGUCAAAGCAUGCGGCGGACGGAUAGUAACAGACCUAAUGCGGGUAAAAGGUCUCAGUCUCGGAAAGCGAGCGCUUCAGGGAUCCCGCCUGCGAGUCGCGCCAACCCUGCUUCCCAGCCUGGUUUCUACCUGGUGCCGUCGCAGCGCAGAGCUGAACCAGUUUCAGCUUUGCAAAUGCUCAACCUCGAGAAUAUCGCUGCGAACGAAAUCGGCCUCACAGAGGAUAUGAUGACCGAGAAUGCUGGCCGCGGCAUUGCUGAAGUGGCCGUGGCAGCGUUAUGCGACCCUGCAAUUCAGAUCAGGCUGGGAGCCGGCGGCAUAAGCGCCUCGGCGAUAAGUCAUACAUCAUCAAUCAUCGUGGUCCUUGCUGGAAACAACAAGUCAGGCAUUCGUGCGGUCGCUGCCGCUCGCCACCUUAGCAACAAGGGGGUCAAUGUUCUUGUUUGUGUUGUGGGCAUUGAGCGAGAGCGUGAUCUGCUCGAAGACAUGCGCCAACAAGUUCGAAUCUUCAAGAACCUUGGUGGCCGCAUUCAUAACAAGAUUGAGCUCUUUGAGCAGUUGCGUAAAACGUCGCACUCAUCUUCAGCAACGGUUACCCUAAUCAUAGACGCGCUGCUCGGGUUAGCAAUCUCAUUUGAGGAGCUGCGGACCGGCGACCAAGCCACUGUCUACGAGCUCAUAGAGUGGGCAAACCGUAAUGAAGCGUUCACUCUCGCCGUUGACGUUCCGACGGGCAUCGAUCCUUCGACUGGCAAAGUGAGCAUCAUUGAUGGAGGGCGGCUAUACGUCAAGCCCCGGUACGUCGUCGCCAUGGGGGCGCCGAAGCGCGGACUUCUCGAAGCCAUGGCCCCGCGUUUGCGUCCCAGCGAAGAAGGCAGUCCUGAGAGCCUCUCUGCUCCCGCGGCGGACAAUGAUGACUGGAAGCUCUUCAUUGUUGACAUUGGCCUCGGCGCAGCUAUUUGGAAGAAGGCUGGAACAAAGCUUCGAAGAGGUAUUGACUUCGACGAUAAAUGGGUGCUAGAGAUGCGGUACCAGGGCGCUACUGGCCAAGGCGAAGAACCAGAUUAUUAA